GAAGAAGAACAUUCUUUCGUCAACCGUCAAGAUGGCUGCUGCGUACAUGUCAGCGAACCGGUCCGAAAAUGCUUUUAGUACAGCUGAUUUGGUACCAGAGUGGGCACAAGAAGAAGUUAGCACUGGGACAACCAUUAUGGCAGUGGAGUUUGAUGGAGGGGUUGUGAUUGGCGCUGACUCCAGAACAACAACAGGUGCUUACAUUGCCAAUCGAGUUACUGACAAGUUGACUCCCAUUCACGACCGCAUCUUCUGCUGCCGCUCUGGGUCUGCAGCUGACACACAGGCCGUUGCUGAUAUAGUCACCUAUCAGCUGGGCUUUCACAGUAUUGAGCUGGAUGAGCCUCCACUUGUGCAAACAGCAGCCAACCUCUUCAAGCAAACAUGCUACAGAUACAGAGAGGAGCUGAUGGCUGGCAUCAUUGUGGCUGGCUGGGACAAAAGAAGGGGUGGACAGGUGUACACAGUCCCAAUGGGAGGUAUGAUAGUGAGGCAGCCAGUGUCAGUAGGUGGUUCUGGCAGCUCCUACAUCUAUGGCUUCAUGGAUUCUAACUACAAGCCUGGGAUGACCAAGGAAGAGUGUCUUCACUUCUGUACCCAGGCCCUGGCGCUGGCCAUGGAGCGGGACGGUUCUAGUGGAGGAGUGGCCCGUCUGGCAGCCAUCACAGAGGAGGGCCUGGAGAGACGGGUUGUUCUGGGAAACCAGCUGCCCAAAUUCUCCAAUGCCUAGACAAGGAGCAGAGGGAAGUUCCUUUGCUGUGCAGACAACACACCCCCUUUCAAGUCCAUCCACAUAAGCGCUAUACCUAGUCCUGUGCAGUCAUAGGACUUUGGAAAGCCAUGUGUUUGUGUCUCACAUUUAUUUUUGUUUUGCAAAUUAAAGAUUUGUCAUGCAAUAAAAAAUACUGAACCUUA